CACACUUCAAUGCGAGGUGCCUCGGCUAAUGUCACAAUGGUGGACGAAAAGAGUUUGGCCAAGUAGAUUUCCUGUACUUUUUAUUUCAUUUACGUUUAACGAUCCUUUACCUCGCCGUUUGAUUCUGAAACUUUCGAUGCAAUAAGGGCUCAUCGCCGUGUUUCCCGGUACGGGAUUUUGGGACGCAAUUGGCCGCAUAGCUAGUAAACACAUCAAGGUAGUAACGGGGACUCGCUCUUCGAAAAGUCGUCCCAAGAUUUCAAACUGCAAAGACGAAGAAGAAAGUAUGAAUGCGACAGAAAAUGAAAGUGAUCAGGAGGAAAUGGACACGAAAGAAGAUGCCGGUGGCGAUUCUACCGUACCAAAUGGACUUUCUUCUCCAAGCGAACCACAGGAUGUAGUGAUGGAGGAGGACACUGCGAGACCUGAGGGCUUUAUUCGUUUUACCGUGCAGAAUUUCAGCAAACUCGAUAAAGCAACCUUGAGUGACCCCAUAUACGUGAGGAAUUUACCAUGGCGUAUCAUGUGUAUGCCAAGGUACUCCAAUCACGAGAAAGUCAAAAGUGUUGGAUUCUUUUUGCAGUGCAAUCCAGAAGCAGAAUCAUUAUCAUGGUCUUGCCAAGCUUCAGCAAGGUUGUCACUCUUAAGUCAGCAGGAAGGUGGUGAAGACUUCACAAGAAAAAUAUCCCAUCUCUUCUUUGCUAAGGAGAAUGACUGGGGAUUCAGUCACUUUGUACCUUGGAGUGAUGCUCUUGAUCCUAAUAAGGGUUUUAUCAAAGAUGACUCCAUCACUCUUGAAGUACAUGUAGCUGCAGAAGCUCCUCAUGGAGUGGCGUGGGAUUCAAAGAAACAUACAGGCUUUGUCGGACUCAAGAAUCAAGGGGCAACAUGUUAUAUGAACUCAUUGCUGCAGACGCUGUAUUUUACAAAUAAACUAAGAAAGGCUGUGUAUCAGAUGCCAACAGAAAACGACGACCCAAACAGGAGCGUAGCUUUUGCCCUUCAAAGAACUUUCUACGAGUUACAACACAGUGAUAAAGCAGUAGGUACAAAGAAGUUAACACGGUCAUUUGGGUGGGAGACACUUGACAGUUUCAUGCAGCAUGACGUUCAAGAGCUCUGUAGAGUGUUACUGGACAACAUGGAGAGCAAAAUGAAGGGAACAUGUGUUGAGGGCACAAUUCCUAGACUGUUAGAGGGGAAAAUGCUGUCAUAUAUCAAGUGCACAAAUGUAGACUAUGUAUCACAGAGGGAAGAGCCAUUCUAUGAUAUUCAGUUGAAUGUCAAAGGCAAGAAGGACAUUUAUGAGUCUUUCAAAGAGUAUAUUGCUGUGGAAACAUUGGAUGGAGAUAACAAAUAUGAUGCGGGUGAAUAUGGUCUGCAGGAAGCUAAGAAAGGUGUAAUUUUUGCAAAGUUUCCUCCAGUCCUUCAUCUGCAAUUAAUGAGAUUCCAGUAUGACCCAAUGACAGACACAAAUGUUAAAAUAAAUGACAGAUGUGAAUUUUUUGAGAAGCUUGAUUUAAACCAGUUUCUUCAGGAUCCUGAAGACCAUUUAGGCCAUUAUACAUUACAUGCUGUUCUUGUACAUAGCGGUAAGUCAAGUCAGUGCGGAGUGGCUGAUUAUUAUGGUCAAAAAAGAAAACUUCACAAAUCAGUGGGUGAAAAGAGACUUGAAGCCCAGAGAAGAAAAGAGAGACAAGAGGCUCACUUGUAUGUGACAGUGGAUGUUGUAACUGAAGACCAGUUUGCUGGACACCAGGGGCCUGAUCUGUUUGAUGUUGAAAAAACAAAAUUAAAGAGUUUCAAAGUUCUAAAAUCAAAGAAACUUCUCGAAGUGAUGGACAUCCUUGCAGAGGGUCUGGGCUAUCCAGUCAAUCAAAUUCGACCCUGGCCACUUCAGCCAAGAAGUAAUGGUACAACAAGACCAAGCUUACUAGAUAUAGAGGGAAGCUUUGAUAAAACGCUGGGUCAGUUAGUUGACGGAUCGCAGUGGUGUAUUUUUGUGGAGACGGUUGAUCCUGAGGCAGGAAAAGUAGGAUUGCCAGUGUUCGACAAAUCAAAUGAUGUAUUGUUAUUCUUCAAACAUUAUGACCCUGUUGAAAAAACACUGUCUUCUGUGGGCCAUCUUUACAUCCCCCUGUCAACGAAGUUUGCGGAUGUUGUUCCCGUGUUAAGUGAGCGAGUCGGUUUACCGCCAGGAACGCCAGUGAAGAUGUUUGAGGAAGUAAAAACGACCUAUGUGGAGGAAAUCAAGGAUUUAAACAUCUCCUUUGAAAAGGGAGUUGAAGAACUCAUGGACGGCGACAUCAUCUGUCUUCAGAGAGGUGAACCAGAGGUGCUCAGUGCUAGUGAAUUGCCCACAGUACAAGACUACUUCAGGGAUCUGCACAACAGAGUUGAAGUUGUAUUUUGUGACAAGAAUGUUGUAAACGACCCUGGGUUUAGCGUGAUGCUUUCGCUAAGAAUGAACUACACGCAGGUUGCCCGAGCUGUGGCAUCAAAUCUUGAAGUCGAUCCCAUGAUGCUGCAGUUUUUCAAGGGACAGGCAUAUCGUGACGCACCAGGAAACGCGCUACGUUGUACAUACGAAGGAACUCUGCGAGAUCUGUUGAUUUACUACAAGCCGCGUGGACCGAAGAAACUUUACUACCAAAUACUUAGUAUUCCUAUCGAUCAACUCGAAAACAAGAAGCAAUUCAGAUGCUUUUGGGUCGCUAACCAGUUCAAGGAGGAGAGAGAACUCAUUCUGUUUCUCAACAAAGAUGGCACGGUGUCAGACUUACUCAACGAGGCGCGUGAACAGGUGGACUUGCAAGCCGACGGCACAGGGAAACUUCGACUCUUAGAGAUUAUUAGCUCUAAAGUGUUCAACGUUGUUAACAACGAAGUGGCUCUGGAACAUCUUAUCAACCAAUCCCAAAGAACGUUUAGAAUAGAGGAAAUUCCCGAAGAUGAAUUAGAAAUAGGAAAAGAUGAACUUUUAGUCCCAGUGGCGCAUUUCAAUAAGGAAAUUUACCAGACCUUUGGAAAUCCGUUUUUAAUCCGAAUAACUGACGGAGAACCGAUUAACAAGUUAAAAGAAAGAGUAAAAGAAAAGAUAGAUAUUCAAGAAAAGGAAUUCGAAAAAGUUAAAUUUGCAGUCAUUCACAUGGGACGAGCGAUAUACCUUCCAGAAGAAUCAGACAAACCUAUUUCAGUCAAAGAUUUUAAACCCCAAACACCAGCGUCUCAGAGUAUGAGCAAACCUUGGCUUGGCCUGGACCAUCUUAACAAGGCUCCCAAACGAUCACGGUAUAGCUUCCUUGAGCGACCAAUCAAAAUUCACAACUAGGGGACGCGAAGUCGUCUUUUAAAAUGCAACAAGUAUUUUUAGUAUGAGGAGGAGUUUUUGUAAAGAAAACUCGAAGAAUUAAGUUAACUAUCUGGGCUGCAGGCAGCAGCUGCUGAGUUUUUGCUGAUCUGAUAAUUUGUACAGUUGUAAAGACCUUUUUUUUGUGCGGCAGUUUUUAGAUUAAUUACGGGAUGACUUGUGACCUCCUCAUUCAUAUGGAAUUUGCUUUAAAAGCUCUAGUAAUUCACCUGUAACGCGGUUGCAAUGUUCUCUGUCACGCAGUUUUUCUGUUUUGAAAAAUCCUAAAUUAAAAUAAUCGAUGAUCUACAACUGCUGGAGUACAUUUCUGAGUACAAAUAAAGAACACAUUUAAAACA